UUCGCCUCUACCUUGCCGAACCCGGCGACCGACCCCUGCUGCGUCGGAGGCGAAGACCGAAUAGUUCCGGAGGUUUCCGCUCCUAUUUCACCUCCGCCACCGGGCUCCGGCGAGAACCCGAGGGGAUUCCAGUCAGUCUGUAGCUCGAGAGACACAUAUUUGACAUCCUAUGCCAUGGCCUCUUUGCUUUCUUCACAAAUAAAAUUAAGCAAUGCAUUUGUUAGGAGGAAGGUUCAUGAGAAUGGACAAGCAAGUUUGCCAAGGUCUCUUCGCUGGAAGCCUUUGCAAUCAGGCCAUUUUGAAAAUCUCGUGUUGCGGUGUGCCAAGAAUUUGUGUUGGGAGUCUUCGCUUCCAUAUGCUUCCGUGGAGGAUGAUGCCAGCAUAAUCAAGGGUCCAAAUGCUAUUGAACCUAUUGAUACAGAAGAAGCUCCAGAGAUUCCAAUCUUCCAGAGUAAUGAAGAUGUGGUGGAGGUGAAGAACGAACCUUCCAUGCAGCUAACAGUGUUCAAACUGCCAAUGUGGCUGAUAGGGCCUUCUAUUCUGUUGGUUACGGGUAUAGUUCCAACUCUAUGGCUGCCAUUGUCUUCAGUAUUUCUCGGUCCUAACAUUGCUGGCCUUCUAUCUCUAGUUGGACUUGAUUUCAUUUUCAACAUGGGAGCAAUGCUGUUUUUCCUUAUGGCUGAUGCAUGUGGGCGCCCAGAGAAUACUAUUUUCGACCUGAAAAGACAAAUCCCAGUUUCCUACAGGUUUUGGAAUCUGGCUGCUAGCAUUGCAGGCUUUGUUGCUCCAUUUGCCCUGUUUUUUGCAUCUCAUAGGGGCACUCUGCAGCCACAGCUAUCAUUCAUUCCAUUUGCAGUGCUGCUUGGACCAUAUCUUUUACUGCUAUCGGUACAGAUGUUGACUGAGAUGCUUACAUGGCACUGGAAAUCGCCGGUAUGGUUGGUGGCUCCUGUGGUUUAUGAGGGCUAUCGAGUACUACAGUUGAUGAGGGGUCUUCAGUUGGCUGAUGAGAUCAGUGCGCCUGGCUGGAUGGUGCAAAGUCUUCGUGGCUUGGUAUCUUGGUGGGUACUCGUCCUUGGCAUCCAAUUGAUGCGUGUUGCUUGGUUUGCUGGACUCAGCUUUGCCAGAAAUUCAAGGUAUGGAGUAAGUGAUGAUCUGAACCAGUAAAUUAGACAAGAAAUAUUUCAGGUGUGUUUUUGCACUCAUGAUACCAACCGCAACAAUGCUUUUCAUGCUGAGGGUGAUGCGUUUUCAGUUUCUGGAUACCAUGCUAGGCACAGAAAGGCCUGACUGAACAUCGUUGAAAACUUGCAAAGCUUGGGCAAUCGUUUUGGUUAAAUAGUGCAGCUGCAGGAGCAGGAACCAUGCUUCUAGAUACUUUGAAUUGUAUAGCUAUAUUGUAGUGCAGGAACUAGACCAUAUUACUGAGCAUCAUACCGAACACAGAAACAUCACUGUGUAAGAAAUAUUUACUUGCAUAUGUACUUAUAUAGUAUGUGUAUACCCUUUAUAUCAACCAGAUGUCCAGAUGUCAUUCCCUU